ACAUAAUACAAAUAUAAAUUAUAUUAUUAAAAAUAAUAGUUAAUACUUAUUACUUUUAAUCACGAUUUAACCGUAAUUUUAACUGAUUAUUGACUAAGUACUAAGAUCUUUUUAUGACUUGAAUAUAGAACAUUCUUGCCUAAAACAUCAGUAGUUAUUGGUAUUUUAUUAUUUAUAAUUAUUUGAAAUAAAUUUACGUUCUGUUAACGUUUAUUUUGGAAUUAGCUUCUUGUAUUAAAUAUUUGAAAUAUGAAAGUUAAGGUUUUAACACGAAACCCUGAUAACUAUUUGCGAGAAACGAAACGAGACAUUCAAAAAGUGCCUCGAAAUUAUGACCCAAACCUUCAUCCUUUUCAAUCAUCACGGGAGUAUGUUCGUGCUCUUAAUGCAGUUAAAUUAGAAAAAGUAUUUGCUAAACCAUUUAUUGGUAACUUGGAUGGUCAUCGUGAUGGAAUCUUUUGCAUGGCUAAACACCCUAAAUCUUUAUCAACAAUUGCAAGUGGUUCUUAUGAUGGAGAAGUGCGCCUAUGGAAUUUAGCUAGAAAAAAAUGUGUUAAUAUUGUUAACGGGCAUGAAAGAUUUGUUCGUGGAUUAUGUUUCAAUAUUGAUGGUACUAGUUUACUAAGUGUAGGAGACGACUCUACAAUAAAAAUAUGGAAUACAGAAGAAUUUGAGACACCAGCUCACACUUUUAUAUCACAGUCUGUUCUUUAUGGUAUAAGUCACAAAUGGUUAGAUGACAAAGUUUUUGCGACAUGCGGUGAUUCUGUACAGUUAUGGGAUGUAACACGCAGUCAACCUACCUCAGUUUUAAAAUGGGGUGUAGACAGCUUGCACCAUAUUGCUUUUAAUCAAGUUGAUACCCACGUUUUAGCUUCAUGUGCAAGUGAUCGUAGUAUUAUUCUUUAUGAUACAAGAGAAGUAAAACCUAUGAGAAAAGUAGUAAUGAAGCUAAAGUCGAAUCAAUUAGCUUGGAAUCCUAUGGAAGCAUUCAAUUUUACUGUUGCCAAUGAAGAUUAUAAUUGUUAUUCAUACGAUACAAGAAAUUUAAAACGGCCAGUUAAUGUGCAUAUGGAUCAUGUAUCUGCUGUAACAUGUAUAGAUUAUGCGCCAACAGGACUUGAAUUUGUAACUGGGAGUUAUGAUAAAUCCGUUAGAAUUUAUGAAAGCACUAGUGGACAUUCCAGAGAAAUCUACCAUACUAAGCGUAUGCAACAUUUAACUAGCGUUGUCUGGUCAUUGGACAACAAAUAUGUUUUAAGUGCAUCUGAUGAAAUGAAUAUAAGAAUAUGGAAAGCUAAUGCAUCAGAAAAAUUGGGAAUAUUAAGACCACGUGAGGAGAGAGCGAAAGCUUAUAAUGCAACAUUGAAAGAGAAAUUUGCUGCUCAUCCUCAAAUAAAGAGAAUAGCAAGACAUAGACAAAUACCAAAACAUAUUUAUCAUGAACGUGAACAACAAUUGGAAUCCAGAAAAAAAAUCAGAAGAAAGGAAGAAAAUAUUCGUAGACAUUCUAAAAAAGAUACUGUGCCUUUUGUUACUGAAAAAGACAAACAUGUCAUUGCAGAAGUUUAUUAGAAUAUUUUUAUUUUUUUUAUUUUUGUUAGUGUUACAAUCUUAGUUUAAUUUAUUAAUAAGAAAAUUUAUUUUUAAAAUUAAAUUGUGUUUAGAAUUUAUUAAUAAUCAUAAUCUUAUAAUAAACCAUGAA